UAGAGGUGAAACGACACCGACAACCCAACGAUCAGAUGCCGAGCUCGGGGACUCUAGAUGGUCUGCUUGAAGGGUGCCGCUGUCGCGUGACACCACCAGCCAUCCACACGAGGGUUGGAAGCCGCUGCCUAUUAAUAGCCCGCGAAAGUGGCUAUGGACUGUCACGUGCGCCUCGUCCUAAGGGGCCACGCCAGGGCCAGAACCACCAGGCGGGAGAGCUGCCACGGCUGGCGGAGGCUGUCACUGGCACCACGAUGGGCCUGCUACGUACCGACACCAACCACUGCUACGCACCAGCACCAGCCACUGCUACGUACCAGCAUCUGGCACUGUAAUUGUACUGGCACACCUAUAAAACUAUGCCUCGUGAGUCGCAGUCUCCCACUCGCUGGCGCAAAUGUGAAACUCUGGCAGAUCGGCCGUGGUGCCUCGCAGGCCACGCCACCAAACCACCACCACCACCACUACCACCAUCCUCCAGCACCACCAGCACCAGCGCCAACACUCCCACUACCACCAUUCUCUCAUCCCCCUCGUACCGUCUCCCCAUCCCCUGCCUACCCCUUGCUGGCUCGCCAGGGAUGGACACGCCCGCGGCGUCGCACCGCUUAGUAUCACGGUCGUCCCAGCACUGCGGCUACCUACCACGCUAAAAAAAUCCGCUAGUUUUCUUUCUCUUCUUUUCAUCAACA